AUGUUUAUCUGUAUUACAGCAAAGUUAGGAGCGGACACUCAGAGACUCAGAAGCGAAGGCCUCGAGGACCUCAAACGCCUGCUGGCGGAUGAGAGGAGCCAGCACAACAUUGAGGAGGAUAUCUUCCAUAGGAUAUUGGAGCUGCUCUAUAAGCUAGUGUCCAAGGAGAAGCCUGUCUUCCUUCGAGCCACCACCAAGCCAACGACGAGGAACACUGCUUCGUCUCGUUUGCAAGCGGCAUCGGCUGCCCUCCGCCUAGUGGUCGAGGUCGCUACUCCAAAGCUCACUUUCAAAACUGCUCUCUCGGUAUUGGACCACAUCAUCGACACCCUGCCCUCGCCAGAUGGUUCUUUUUGCGAGCCUCUCCAGAAUGACUACCUCAAGAGCUUCAGAAUCUUGCUUGGCUAUGCCCCGCAUGGAGAACAUAUGCGCCGCAAACAGUGGCAAGCAUAUGUGGACUUUGCGCUUGAGUGUCUGGCGGCUGGGCUAGAUGAUGGCGCGGUUGAUGAUGGAGUCUCAAGCGGUAGAGAUAUCAGCAUGACUCCAAGAGACCAUCAGCAUUUGUCCAUGCGACUCAGUCACACGAGCUUUAGGAGCACGAGUCAAGGAAAUGCCUCUAAUUUCGAAGACAUUUGGGCUGCAUUGAAGCACUUGACCUCUUUUAUCAAUGCGCCAGUCAUGUCACGGGCAGCAAUGAUUGCCCAGAAACUUCAAGACUUCUUGCAAGUCGAUAGGAGAGGUCAAGAAGGGGCAUUUGAGACCGUGAACAACGUCCUUUUUGUCUCUCUUACAGAAGAUGUUGCCUUCACCCAGACACUGUUGUCUAGCCUCAUUCCCGUCAUCAGGCGAUCGUGGCCUAGCAGGUCUAUCCUUCUUCAGCAACAGAUGCUCAUCACCUUAUUCUCAUGUCGAUAUCUGCUUCUUUCUCCAAAUGCGCCUUGGCCCGCGAUCGAUCCAGCACUACUAGAACCACUUUUAAUCACCAUCCUCUCAGACUAUCGGACUAGAAACGAGAGGGACCUGCUACAUUUUGAUGACCUGCAACCAAUUCUCACGACAGAAAAUGUUCCUCUGCAGCUCAAACAAUUCAAACCUGUUCAAAACUCCCCGCGCGCAAUAUCCAGCUGGUUUAUAUUGUCCACUAUUGCGUGUCUUGUUGUUGGAUUGAGUGACAAAAGACAUACCCAGCCUCCUAUAACUGAUGCAGAUGAUAUUCCGCGGAAGAGACAGAAAAUUCAGAGCCGUCGGGAUGAGAUUAUCGAACUAGCAGUGGUGGGAACUGGGCAAGAUAAACUGGUUGCUUUGCAGGUCAUUUUGUUUCUCCUUGAUCAGCCCUCAAGCAUGGAGCAGGAAUGGACAAAGGAUCUCUACAAGCUAAUACCGGACGUUGGUAGCGAAGAUCCUACCAUUCAAACAUGGAUCCUCUUGGUGUUUUCACGCCUCGCGGUCGGUAAUGCCAGUCGCGCUCAUGAGCCCCCAGAUUUCUGGCCACAAGUGUGGGAUGCAGCGAGCAGAGCAAUGACAGCGAACUCCACAACAAGGGCUGCAUGCCAUGCACUCGACGUCCUUCUCAGAGUAGGGACGCUGGAGUCGUCAAUAAGCGCAAAGUCAUUGGACGGUGCCUUAUUCGGAGGUGGUAACAAUGGGCCCAGCAGUCUCACGGACACGUCUCUACUGCUGAUGACACGGGCGCUGCGCUCUAAACUGCUUGACAACGAGAGACGCUUUGAGUCUUUCGGUCUGAAGGUCAUUUCCUGGCUCGCUGCUCGCUGGACUGUCCCUUCGAAUCUUGAUCGCCUUCAUAAUGCACAUAUUGUCUGUCACGCUAAGCCAGAGCUCUUGUAUUCUUUGCUGGGGACUAUUUGCGGCCUCACAGAUGCGAUCGUUUCCAGUCAAGCUUGGACAUCAACGCACUCGUUGUUCGAAUCUGCCCUGAUAGCGUCAGACAACAUCGACUUCUUGCAGUAUCUUCUUGCCAUUCCUCCUUCCAAAAUCGAGACAGAUGGGAAUCUCAACAUUUUACCUCGCCAAUUUGAUUCGUCUGCCAUGGCUCGCUUUUUCCGAGUUGUCAUGGAUUUUCUAGCAUCUAAGACAAGAGAGUUUCUUUACUCAUGGAACGUGAUCUAUAACGACCGACCUUCAAAUAUUGGAAGCGAUGUUGUGGAAAUUCUAGGUGUGGCCUCCGUCGUCUCCUCUGCGCUAUGGGUUCGUUGCAGUCCUCAGGCGCCCGGAUACAAACAGCCUUUGGUCCUGGCUGAGAGCCGUCGCAUUCUCGCCGACUUUAUUGUCAACCAAACCAUCGAUCACUCUCGGGAAAUGGUCAAUCGUAUCUGCGAUUGUGUUAUCACCACACACAAACAACUGUCGCACAACGAUAACCGUUGUUUCGGCGAAGAAUAUCAAACCGUUAUCGAAUUUGCAUUGCGUGUUGCUCGUCAUGCUAUGCCCUCGACAAGUACAAGCGACCCUUCGGACUUGGAUUUCUUGGACGACGAUGUAUGGGACUCUCAGGCAACUCAAAGAAGUCAGCUUGGCCCGGGCAUCGACAUCUCGAGGCUCGACCUUCCGAUAUGCAAAGAUGCUCCUGCGCGUUUGGCGAAGCACUUGGUGGAGCUGACAGUGGCUCUUCAAACGGUCAAAUCCAAAGGAGUCUUUGACUCUUCUGUCACUAGGCUGGUCAUUGAUGAGGUCUUGUUGCUUGAUCCCGUCUUGCUCAUUGGCGCCCGCGGAGCGGUGCAAGAAUUUCUCAAUCUGAACACUGCAACAACUCGCGGAGAUGCACAUCGCUUGCUCAAGAAGCUAGCCGAGUUAUAUCUGCGGGAUGAAGCCUUUGAGAGAUGCGAAUCCGCAUUGUGUUUCUGUCUCGACGCACUGAAAAGCUUCAUGGAUCUUUGGACUGCUGAAGACGAAGAAGACGAUUUGGCGGACACUGCCUAUGAUAUUUAUUACUGGUUCCUCAACACGAUGACCCGCAAAGGCGUUGCAUCCCCGAGAGUACUAUCAAAACUUGCGGACCUUUUAGAUGCCCUACUACGAAAGGACGCAUCUUAUGGUGGCGAAGAUCUCCCCUCGCCCCGAACAAGCCUGUUGAAUAUCUUGGAGAUUAGUAACGCGGCGAGCCAGUAUCGGCUUGCGGAUCAAUUGUCUCACAUCUUCGAAAAGUACGUCCUAACUCAACACGAGGCAAUCUUCGAUGAUAUCGUCACCAAAUUACCCUCGGACCCGGACAACAAAGAAGGCAUUGCUGUACGCUUGUAUGUUGUGUCUUAUCUUGGGGCUCGAUGGCAUACCGUUCUGCGACAAGCCAUGUAUCACUUAUUCGAGACAGUCGCACACGUGCCUUCUGCAACAAAACUCGGACGUGGUUGUAUCACCAGGACGUGCGAAGUACUCAAGCUCCAACGGCCGAGGCAGCUUUUUAAGCUGUUCUCUUCCCAGAUAUUCUACACAUGGCUGUCGCAGGAGACCCUUGCCAGCAUGCCUUUCCAACUGUUCGAGUAUGCCUCUUUGCAGGAAAUGGUUGCUGACAAUGUCGGGGAGCUUACGGGGCAGAUCGCCCUUAGAGGGUCUCAACAAUCAGAAGAACUGGCUCAGCUAGUUGGUCAGGAUUGGAAUCUUCUACUCAGCGGAAAUUUUGUCUAUGCCGAAGCGUACACUCUUGCUUCGGAAACUAGCGUACCGAAGCACGAUCGUCUUUAUGAUGGCUCGGAAAAAUUGGUGCGAAAGCAGCUAGGGUCUCAAAUAUACCUCCAGCGACUUCGUGAGUGCCUACCAGACAUUAUGGCCCUGCUCGUGCUGUCUCUUCAAGAUGACAGGGGAAUUGAAAAAGCCCUACCCAGCCCGAGUCUCGGCAUUUGGCAAGAAAUGGUGAACGGUUCGGGUCAAAAUGUCCAACUACCACUCGCCCAACAACCCUGCUUCAGAGCACGAUGUCUCCCGGAAGAGGUCAAAUACCUGUGCUUGCGACUCGAUUUGAAGGAGAGUGAUAUAUGGGCACCAGCAUUCUUAGUCCAUCUGUACAGACAACUUUUGGACAGAGCAAGGCCAGCACUGGGCCCUCUACACACCUGUAGUAUCAUGCGCAAAAUUCGCAUCGUCAUCAGUCUUGCUGGCCCCAUUGCUUGGGACGGGUACCCUCUGGAGAUGAUCCUACAUAACCUACGUCCCUAUCUUACUAUUUUCGAGUGCGCUGAGGAGACAAUGGGCAUCUACCGAUUUCUUCUACGUCGAGGAGCACGAUUCCUAGCUUCUCGGCCUUCAUUUAUCGCAGGUCUGUGUGUUUCAAUCUUCGCUUCUCUCACUGGCUUCAUCGCAUCUUCUCAGGACAGUACUACGCAAGAGGAUCAAUUCGUGUCAACGAUGACCAAGGCUCAAGAAUUUCGGGGUUUCCUGGGGCAAUAUUUAGAAUCUCUGGAGCUCACAGAUGCAUGCGGGGAGACACUGCGAAGGUACAAGCACAUCAUUCGGCAUGCAAAAGGUAUAGCCCAGGGAGGAAGCAGUGCGCAAAGCACCAGCGAAGGGCAGUUGCUUUACGCUUUGCUUUCAGACCAAAGCAGUACGAAUCCUCUUCUGUCAGACUUUCAUUUCGAUCUCUCUAUCAAAAUUCUGUGCCGACAGUUCGGCGCACCGUCGGACUCUCAAGACGACAUCCUUGCUAAUGACCUCGAUGCUGCUCGAUUCUCAGCUACACUGGAAAGCCUGUUGAAGAAAUUUGAUUUAGACGAAUCUUUUCGCAUCUGGGCCGCCCAGGGCAUCGGACGGGGCUAUCUCAUGAGUGGGCUUACUUCGACUACGCACGACCAAACACAAUCGAUGGCAAAACAGUCGCCGGACGUAGGACUCGAGGCAGUCUCGUCCUACACAAACAUCGUACGCUACCUCGUGGAUCUAGUCUGGAAGUCUGAUUACCCAGGGUCAACUUUGGCCGAAAGUACUUUACAGCUCAUCUCUAGCAAUAUGCACGAAGGCGACGAGCACACCUUUUUAGCCGCCGAUUUUGACAGGAGCAUUGUGCAUGAGUUGAGGUUCAAGGAUUUCCCAUGUCCUGCUGCGCCACUAUCCGCGAGUCUCGGCUUCGUGAGCAAACAAGAAGGAACACUGCAAGAUUCUCACGGGCAAUCGCGCGAUUGGACAACAGAGCUCCUUAUCCAGAUCUCUGAAGCUGCUGCUGGUAAUCCUCUCCUGGGCUUUUUGCAACCUCUGAUCAAUGCAGUCCCCGAUGCAGCCGGGAUCCUGCUACCAUAUAGCGUCCAUCUCAUAUUACUAACCGAAACCGACUCUCACCAAGUUUUCCGUGAGAGACUAUCUGAGGCCUUCUCCGCAGUUCUCUCAUCCGAGGGUCAGCCUCUUAGUGAGGCCAGGAAAUUGGUGCUGAAAACACUUCUAUAUCUUCGAAAGUGCCGCCUCCCAAAUGAGACCAAUAUGGCGCAACGAAACUCCUGGCUGGAGGUAGACUUCAGCAAGGCCGCGUUGGCUGCAAGUGAUUGUCAAAUGUGGCAUGAGGCUCUGCUCUUCUUAGAGCUGCACUAUUCUCAAGCCCAACUUCAGACAGGCCGGUCUUCCCGAAGGUCGUUUGCGAUGAUUAGCGAGGUCUCGACGGAAGUUAUCUCCAAGAUCUAUGAAAAUGUCGAUGAUCCUGAUUUCUUUUAUGGCAAGCACCAGAGCUACGAUCUGAAGUCGAUCAUCGGCAAAAUGAGCCAUGAAGGAGCAAGCCAGAAAUCUCUGUCUUUUCAGAGCGCGAUGCUGGAUUCUCAAUUGAGGAUGGAGGAGGCAGAAGACACACUUGGUGGUGUUGCCUUUGCGACAGCAUUGACCCUGAGCGCUGCAAAUAUGCAGGGUAUAUCAGAGGCGGUAAAGCAACACUAUGAAGGGCCUCACAAAAACAUGUCCGUUGAGAACAGCUUGGCCUUGGAUCAUUGGGACUUGUUUGGGACGAGUGAGUCGUCUUCACUGUCGACGGCCUUGUCGUCACUGUUUCGCAACAUGCACAGCGUAUCAAACAAGAGCAGUCUAUCCCGGGAACUGGACUUGUUGUUGCUACAGCAUGGGGAUACUUUCCGAACGAACCCUGUUAAGGGAGGUCAUCACGGUGAUGUUCAUCCGAGGUUGGCAGUCCUGGCAGAGGCGAGGCAGAUUUUGGGAGCAACAACGGCAGAAGCCCUAGAGUCGACCUGUGCGGCGAUAGUGGCGAGGGACCAAAGGAUCAAACUUGCAGAAUUCAAUGCGUUGUCACCAAUCUUGGCCGGCAGGGAAGCAGCUUUCGCGGCUAUCCGUCGAAACAAUCAUUUGCGGGCAGCAUUUUCGUUGAACAUGCGGCAAGCGCUGCUCCUGGAAGUCCAAAUGACACGGCAGUCUUUGGAUAUGGCGUCCAGUUACGAGGCGCCACAGUUCAGCUUGAAUCGAGCAAUGUACCUCUCACAGCUUACCCAGCUGGCUGAAAAUAUAGGACUAAAGGUGGACAUCGCCAUCCAUUACGACCUGGCUAAGACGUUGUGGGCACAGGAAGAAGUCUCCGCCUCGAUUGGCAUCCUGCAGGGCCUGGGAGAUCGCAAAGAUGGUUCCACACAGGCUAUCACGGUGCCACGAGCUGACAUCCUCACAGAUCUGGGACACAAAAUUGCCGAAGCUCGUCUGGAGAAACCGGAUGAGAUUAUCGAACGGUACCUCGCACCAGCAAUCCGAGAGCUCCAGGGGCCUCGUACUGGGGCUGCAGCCGGCCGCGUGUUUCAUAACUUUGCUGCAUUCUGCGACAUGCAACUUCAGGAUACGGAUAACCUGGACGACUUUACGCGUAUCAGCAAAAUCAGAGAUCGCAAGAUGCACGAAGUCCGUGAGCUGGACAGGAUGGUGAGAAAAGCCAAAAACGAGCAACAGCGAGCCAAAUUAAAGACCCAUCUGGCCCGAGCCAAAACCUGGUACAAACUCGACGAGGAAGAAUGGAGAAGGGUUUCACAGAACCGAGAGAAUCUCAUCCUUCGGUGCCUGGAGAAUUACCUGCUGUCGAUGAGGGCAUCUGACGACUACCCAAGUGAUACCCUCCGCUUUAUUGCUCUGUGGCUCAAUCAAGCCGAGAGUCCAACAGCAAACGCCGCUGUGCGCAAGUGCCUCGAGUCGGUCCCAACUCUCAAGUUCGCUCCACUUGUCAAUCAGCUGUCCUCUCGUCUGUUGGAUAUCCAGGACGACUUUCAGACCCUCCUGAAGGAUCUCAUGUUUCGUAUCUGUUCUGAUCACCCGUAUCACAGCUUAUAUCAGGUAUUUGCAACCAGCAAGUCUAAAGCUCCACCUGGGGAUGAAGUAGCUGCUUCCAGGUUUGCCGCAGCAAACCUCUUGACGGAACGCGUCAAGCAGCAAAGCACGUCCUCGGCGAUCUGGACAACGGUCCACAAUACUUGCGUGGCCCUGAAUCGCGUGGCUGUGGAGGGACUCUCCGACAAAGACCUCAAGAGUGGCUCGAAACUCCCACUGCGCAAGUUGCAAAAUGGUCCGGCAUUAGAAGCUCAGAUCACGAAACCGACGACAAAGAUUCCCCCACCGACCAUGAACAUUCCUCUGCGAGCAGAUCGAAACUAUUCAAAGGUCCCGACUUCGACCAUGAUCGAUCCAACCAUCUCUGUGGCUGGCGGUGUAUCGGCUCCUAAGAUUGCGACGAUCACCGCCUCGGAUGGGUCUCGACACAAACUGCUUCUGAAAGGGGGCAAUGACGACCUGCGGCAAGACGCAAUCAUGGAGCAAGUCUUUGAACAAGUCUCCAAUCUGUUGAAAGAUCACCGUCCCACACGUCGUCGUAACCUUGGUAUUCGAACUUACAAGGUUAUCCCCCUUACCAAGAACUCGGGUGUUAUUGAAUUUGUCCAAAAUACUAUCCCACUGAAUGAGUACCUGCUGCCUGCUCAUGCGCGGUAUUAUCCCAAGGACUACAAGGCUAGCCGCGCCAGAAAGGAUAUUUUUGAUGCGCAGGCCAAGAACCAUGAGCAACGUGUGCGAGCUUACCAGACUGUUGCCGCGAAUUUCCACCCCGUCAUGCGAUUUUUCUUCAUGGAGAAGUUCCUUGACCCAGAUGCUUGGUUCUACAAGCGGCUAAACUACAGUCGAUCCACGGCCGCGGUGAGCAUUUUGGGUCAUGUCCUCGGACUAGGCGACCGACACGGACACAACAUCCUUCUUGAUGAGAAGACCGGAGAAGUGGUCCACAUCGACUUGGGCGUCGCCUUUGAAGCCGGCCGCGUCCUGCCUGUGCCCGAGGUUGUGCCUUUCCGACUUACUCGUGACCUGGUCGACGGAAUGGGCCUGACGGGGGUGGAAGGAGUAUUUCGGCGGUGCUGCAACUUCACCCUCGAAGCCCUCCGCCACGACCAAGAAGCAAUCAUGACCAUCCUGGACGUGCUGCGCUACGACCCUUUGUAUUCGUGGUCCAUCUCCCCGCUCCGCCUGCAGAAGAUGCAGGAAAACAACGAACAGGCCGCGGCCGAUGCGGCCAGUAUCGCCGGUGGACCGUCCACUCCCUCAACGACGAGCGGAGCGGGCUCUACCUUUGUCGGCGCGGCCGACAACGCAGCCGGGGUGAUUGCCGCUCGCAGAGAAGAGACCGAGCCUUCGGAAGCGGAUCGCGCUUUGACCGUGGUGGCGAAGAAACUGGGCAAGGCCCUCAGCGUGGAAGCCACAGUGAACGAGUUGAUCAGACAGGCCACAGACGAGAGGAACCUGGCUGUGCUGUAUUGUGGGUGGGCAGCUUAUGCUUGA